AUGGGUCUAAUGCCCCUAGAUAAGACAAGAAUGGACCUAAGGCCCAAGACAAAGGACAAGAUAAGCUGCAUUGAAUCUGAAUUUGAGUUUAUCCAAAGAGUUAUAAAAGAGAUAUCAAGUACUAAAUCAAAUCGUAUGCCAUUGUUUGUUGCUAAAUAUCCAGUUGGAAUAGAUAUUCGAGCGAAGGCUAUAGAAUUGCUUUUAGAUAUAGAGUCGAAUGAAGUUUUCAUGGUGGGAAUUUAUGGUCUUGGGGGAAUAGGUAAGACUACGAUCUCGAAAGCUGUUUAUAAUAGAAUUGCUAACCAUUUUGAAGGAAGCUGUUUUUUAGAGAAUGUUAGAGAAAGGUCAAGGAUAAAUGGUGACAUAAUCCAACUACAAGAGACACUUCUUUCUAAGAUCUUACAAGAUAGACACUUGAAGGUGUACAAUGUAUUUGAAGGUACCAAUUUGAUAAAGGAAAGACUUCAGAGUAAAAAAGUUCUUUUAAUUCUUGAUGAUGUGGGUGAAUCAAAUGACGUAGAAAAUUUGCUUGGAGAAUGUAACUGGUUUGCUUCCGGAAGUAGAGUUAUUAUAACAACAAGAAACAAACAAGUACUGACCACUUUGGGAAGAGAUCAUCGGAUAUACAAGGUUAAAAAAUUGAGUCACUGUGAAGCUCAUGAACUUUUCAACCAGUAUGCCUUCCAAACAAGUAAAUAUGGGGAAGAUUAUUCAGAACUUGCAAAACAGAUUAUACAUUAUGCCAAUGGCCUACCAUUAGCUUUAAAAAUAAUUGGUUCCGAUUUGUGUGGAAAAAAUAUACAUGAAUGGAAAAGUGCAUUAGAAAAGUAUGAAAACAUUCCACAUGAAAAUAUUCAAGAAAUACUCAAAAUAAGUUAUGAUGGAUUGGAAAAAACUGAAAAGGAUAUUUUUCUUGAUAUUGCUUGUUUUUUUAAGAAUUACAACAAGGAUGACGUUGUAAAUAUAUUAGGUUCUUGUGAUUUAUAUCCAGACUAUGGUAUUGGAAAGCUUAUUGAUAAGUGUCUCAUAACCUUGGAGCAUAGCUAUUUGUCAAUGCAUGACUUGGUACAACAAAUGGGUAGAGAAAUCGUUCGACAAGAAUCAGAAGAGAUUGAACAACGUAGUAGGAUAUGGUGUUAUAAGGAUGCUCAUAAAUUACUAACUAGAAAUAUGGGAUCAAAUAAAAUUCGAGGUAUAAUGUUGCACUCCCCUGACCGAAUAAAGGUGUCAUUGAAAGCUAAAGUUCUCAAGAGGAUGAAAAAUCUUAAAUUUCUUAUAGGCAAUGUACAUAUUGGUGAAGAACUUGAAUAUCUCCCAGAUGAGUUAAGGUGUAGUCUCUUUACAAAAUUACCUGACUUGUGCUCCCCAAACUUAGAGAAAUUGGACCUUUUCGGUUGUAAAAAUUUAAUUGAGAUUCAUGAGUCUAUUGGAUUUCUUGAGAAGCUUAAAGUAUGGAAUCUCUUCGGUUGUUCACAACUUCAAAUUCUUCCAAGUACUCUCAGGUUGAAAUCUCUUGGAUAUUUUAAUCUACGCUACUGCUCAAGGCUAAAGAAGUUCCCUAAUAUUCACCCAGAAAUGAAAUGUUUAAAGGAAUUGAAUUUGUUUUCUAGUGGUAUUAGAGAAUUGCCUUCAUCACUGUUGUAUCUGACUGGACUUGACACAUUAGAACUAGUUGGCUGCCGUAAGCUUACGAAUUUUUUAGUUAGGGCCAAUAAAUCACAAAUGCAGGAGGAAGUAGAUAUUCCUUCUACCGAAUUGAGACUGGCCUACAAUUCCUUUAAUAACUUCUCAAGACCUAUUGGGUUUCUGAGCUUGACAGAACUGGAUCUUAGCUUGUGUGUUGGAAUUAAAGUCAAAUUAGAUUCUUGGAUGCAGCCUGAUUACUUCCCAGUAUUGACAAUUUUAAAUCUAGCUUAUACUGGUAUUGUUACCAUCCCGGAAAGUAUUAGCAGAUUUACUAGAUUACAAUAUCUUUAUGUAACUGAUUGCAAAAAGCUCCGGGAAAUUCCAAGACUUCCACAAUCUAUAAGAACUAUGGAUGCACAUAGAUGCUAUGGACUGGAUCCACAAUCAUCAAGCAAAGUAUGGAAUCAGUUUGGAGAAAUUCUAGGGAUUCUACCAAAUACAGUUGCUAAAGCUACAAGAAGUUUUGAAUCUAUAAUUCACCGUCUUAUACUACCAGCUUUUGAGAUUCCAAAGUGGUUCAAAUUCAACCAUCAUCGGAAUGUCGGAAAUUCCGUAUCAUUCUUGGUUGGUCCCAAAUUUUCAAAUUUGGUUGUUUGUAUUGCUUUUCCAUCAAAGGAUGUGAACACCAAUAUGGAUAGACUUUGUUCAGUUAAGAUUUCCAUCAAUGGUUGUAAACAACAAAACAUAUGUGGGACGUAUGAUAAUAAGGGCCAUGUGUUGUUAAUUUAUGGGAAAGUGAAUAUUUCAAAGCCAUUUGAAGAGAAUCAGGUUGAGGUUGAGGUUAGUUAUGACCAUCAAUGGAUGAAUAUUUCUCUAAAUAGGAUGAGGAUUUAUGUAGAAUGCAUUUGUUGUCCUCAGAAAUGCAAAAUAUCUCCUACCUCAACUAUUGAUCAAUGGGCUUUCAACAAUGGGGAAGAAGAUUCAGGCCGUGUUAGAAUCCGAUGCCGACUGCGGAGAAGAAACGAUCAACCAACCCAUGCUAGACGUCCCCAAAAACACUACUUGUCCCGCUUUGGAUGGCUUCGAAUCCGAUUCCAACUCUGGAAACGAAGCUCCAAACCCUGGAGACGGCGAUUUACCAAUGGGUUUCAUGAUUAG